AUUUUUCAUCAUCACUAUAAUUAAUUACCAACUGUAAAGCGCGUGAAAGACAUUUCUGAUUUAUAUUCAUGCAUCUUUAUAUGUUUGCUCGAGCGAUCGAUCAAACGCUAGCGCUAGAAACUGGACAGCUUGGUCUAUUGCAACUUUCUUGUUUGACAGCCUGAAUGGCUGCGAUCCAAUCGAACAAUUCUUCUUCCUAAGAACAUUCGUCAUUUGAUAUUGCUAUAGAAUGCGAUAACGUCAACUACAUAACCAUAUGAUAUCUUGUUCUGGGAAGUACCAAGACUGCAUUGAAAGUCCCGCGAAUCAAAUUGACUAUUUUACGUGUUACACUACGGUUAUAAUAUCUUAGUUCUGCUCUACCAAUUGCAAUUCGCUAAAGUUGAUCUACAGAAGCGGAGUCGAAAUUUUGGAACGCAAUAUAUCUACAAACACAUACAAAGAGAAUUAUACAUUAUUGAAACGAAACGGAAUGCCGCCGUACCGAGUCUGGGGUUCCACAGAGAAUAGGGCCAUCGACUUCGAGUCCUUGACGAACGAAACUCUGGAAGGAGCUCUGAAUGUCAUGAGAAAGAGCUUCUUUGUCUACGAGAGCGUAUCCAGAGGUGUAGACCUACUCUCAGAACCUGGUGCAUCAGAAGAACUCGAGAAACUUUGCCUGGAUGCUGCCAAGGAUGGCGUCAGUGUAGUGGCUGUGGACAUAUACAGUGGAGAAGUUAUUGGAGUGGCUUUUAACAAGCUGCAGGUCCUUAACAGUUCAUCAGAGAAGAGCGCUUUCGAGAUAUUCAGUGAAAACUGCAAGUACAAGUCAUCGAAAGCUCUAGUGGACUUCAUGAUCGACAUAGACGCUAAGAUGAAUUUAUUCAAGCACUAUAACACCGACUGUAUUUUUGAAAUAAUGUUCUUGGCUACCUUGCCGAAUAAUCAGAAGCGUAGGAUAGGGGAACUAUUGGUAUCUACAUCCAUAGAAGUUGCAAAAGAGUUGAAAAAGGGAAAUGCCGUGAAGACACCAGUCACGAUAAAUGGCGACAAUACGAUACAGAAUCUGGAAGCAGUGCCUAACCUAGUGUCUGCUAUCAUGACAUCAAACUAUUCACAGAAGAUUUCAGCAAAGUGUGGAUUCGAGAGCCUGGUAUCAACCAACUACAAAGAGUUCCAGUUUAAUGGGAAAUCUUUCAACGAGAGGAUAGGGAACGAACACUUGAACUGUCUCCUAGUGGCUAAAAGAUUAUUUUAGACUGAAUGUAACUAGUUAGGACACUAAUUUAUUAUUGGACUGCGGAUUUCUAUGAAUUUGUGGCAGAUCGAAAGAUGCGAGGAUGUAUAUAAUGUGCAAAAAUAUAUAAUAUAAUAAUAUGUUAAUA